AUGCCAUCUGAGAGGUGCCUGAGUGUUCAGGAAAUGCUGACAGGUCAGAGGCUUUGUCAGUCUAGCUCCCACAACGAUGCUGUCCUGGCAGCUCUGAACCAACAAAGAAGUGAUGGAAUACUUUGUGAUAUUACCCUUAUUGCUGAAGAGCAGAAAUUCCACGCACAUAAAGCAGUCCUGGCAGCCUGCAGUGACUAUUUCCGUGCAAUGUUCAGUCUUUGCAUGGUUGAGAGUGAAGCUGAUGAGGUGAAUUUACAUGGUGUCACAAGCCUUGGUUUAAAACAAGCCCUGGACUUUGCAUAUACUGGACAGAUCCUCUUGGAGCCAGGGGUGAUACAGGAUGUCCUAGCAGCUGGAAGUCAUUUGCAGCUGCUGGAGCUUCUCAGUUUAUGUUCUCACUAUCUCAUUGAGGAAUUAAAUAGUUUUAAUUACUUGGACCUGUACAAGCUUGCGGAUCUUUUCAACCUCACUUUGUUGGAGAAUGCAGUCAUUGGCUUCUUAGUAAAACAUCUCUCUGAGUUAUUGAAGAGUCAUCCUGAAGAAGUUCUGGCACUCCCAUACUGUCUUCUUCGAGAGGUUUUUAAAAGCGAUAGACUCACUUCACUCAGUGAAGAACAGAUCUGGCAGCUGGCUGUGAGGUGGUUGGAACACAACUGCCGCUACCAGUAUUUGGAUGAACUUCUCCAGUACGUGCGCUUUGGCCUUAUGGAUGUGGAUACACUGCAUACUGUAGCUCUUACUCAUCCUCUUGUCCAAGCCAGUGAAACUGCAACUGCACUCAUUAAUGAAGCCUUGGCUUACCACCAGAGUGUCUAUGCACAGCCAGUCUGGCAAACUGCAAGGACAAAGCCUCGCUUCCAGUCAGACACUCUUUAUAUUAUUGGUGGGAAAAAACGAGAAGUCUGUAAAGUGAAGGAAUUGCGAUACUUCAAUCCAGUAGAUCAAGAGAACGUUCAUAUUGCGGGGAUCGCUAACUGGAGCGAGCUGGCACCUAUGCCGGUGGGGAGGAGCCACCACUGCGUUGCUGUCAUGGGAGACUUUCUCUUCGUGGCUGGUGGAGAGGUAGAGCACUCCACAGGGCGCACGUGUGCCGUGAGAACCGUCUGUCGAUAUGACCCCCGCACUAACUCCUGGGCGGAGAUAGCUCCGAUGAAGAACUGCCGGGAGCACUUUGUGCUGGGAGCCGUGGACGAGUACCUCUAUGCCGUAGGGGGCAGGAAUGAAUUGCGUCAAGUGUUGCCCACAGUUGAACGCUACUGCCCCAAGAAGAACAAGUGGACCUUUGUACAGUCCUUUGAUCGGUCGCUCUCCUGCCAUGCGGGAUAUGUGGUGGAUGGUCUUCUUUGGAUAUCAGGAGGAGUAACAAAUACUGCACAAUAUCAAAAUAGACUCAUGGUCUAUGAUCCUAAGCAAAACAAGUGGUUAAGCCGUAGCCCGAUGCUGCAGAGGAGAGUGUAUCACUCCAUGGCUGCUGUCCAAAGGAAGCUGUACGUGUUAGGUGGGAACGACCUCGACUACAACAACGAUCGCAUCCUGGUGCGUCACAUAGACUCCUACAGCAUAGACACCGACCAGUGGACCCGCUGCAGCUUCAACAUGCUGACAGGUCAAAAUGAGUCUGGAGUUGCUGUCCACAAUGGUAGAAUAUAUUUAGUUGGUGGCUAUUCGAUUUGGACAAAUGAGCCUUUGGCAUGUAUCCAGGUGCUGGAUGUUAGCAAGGAGGGGAAGGAAGAAGUAUUCUAUGGGCCUACGCUCCCCUUCGCUUCCAAUGGAAUAGCAGCCUGCUUUCUUCCAGCUCCUUAUUUCACGUGCCCCAACCUUCAGACUCUGCAAGUGCCUCACCACAGGAUUGGCACAAUGUGA